AAUAAGCCCCAAAUAAUGGAGACGAAGUGGAGAGAGAAAGCUCCCACUCUCUCACACCCCAAAGCUUCUUCUUCUUCUUCUUCUUCUUCUUCCUCUUCCUCUUCCUCUUCUUCUUCUCUAAUCUGAAUCCAAAGCCUCUCUCUUUAUGACACAAGAUCGCUCAGAAAUGUCUGAAGAUGACGACGACCAACAAUCUUCACCGUUGGAUCUACCCUCUACCGCCAUAGCUUCUUCCUCUACACCAAACAAAUCUCGUAACUGUAUCUCUUCCUCUGUUACCUUAAAGUCUCAAACUUUCCCUGACCAUGUUCUCGAAAACGUUCUUGAGAACGUUCUUCAGUUCCUAGAUUCAAGAUGUGACCGUAACGCUGCUUCUUUAGUUUGCAAAUCUUGGUGGCGUGUUGAAGCUUUGACUCGAUCUGAGGUUUUUAUUGGUAACUGUUACGCUCUUUCUCCGGCGAGGUUGACUCAGAGAUUCAAGCGUGUUAGGUCACUUGUGCUUAAAGGGAAACCUAGGUUUGCUGAUUUCAAUCUCAUGCCUCCUGAUUGGGGUGCUAAUUUUGCUCCUUGGGUUUCUACUAUGGCUAAAGCUUAUCCUUGGCUUGAGAAAGUUGAUUUGAAAAGGAUGUUUGUUACUGAUGAUGAUUUAGCUCUUCUUGCUGACUCUUUUCCUGGGUUUAAAGAGCUUAUCUUGGUUUGUUGUGAAGGUUUUGGUACUAGUGGUAUUGCUAUUGUUACCAAUAAGUGCAGAAAGCUGAAAGUGCUUGAUUUGAUUGAGUCUGAGGUUACGGAUGAUGAAGUGGAUUGGAUUUCUUGUUUCCCUGAGGAUGUAACUUGUCUGGAGUCUUUAGCUUUUGACUGUGUGGAAGCUCCUAUCAAUUUUAAGGCGCUUGAGGGUCUUGUUGCUAGGUCACCGUUCUUGAAGAAACUUAGGCUGAACAGGUUUGUGUCCCUUGUGGAGCUACAUCGUCUGCUACUUGGAGCUCCACAGCUUACUAGUCUUGGGACAGGUUCAUUUAGCCAUGAUGAGGAACCUCGGAGUGAGCAAGAACCAGAUUAUGCUGCUGCAUUUCGUGCUUGUAAAUCUGUUGUUUGCCUGUCAGGAUUUAGGGAGUUGAUGCCGGAGUAUCUUCCAGCUAUCUUUCCGGUGUGCGCUAAUCUCACUUCCUUGAACUUCAGUUAUGCUAAUAUUUCUCCUGACAUGUUUAAGCCCAUCAUACUCAAUUGCCACAAACUCCAGGUGUUCUGGGCUCUUGACUCAAUAUGUGAUGAAGGACUACAGGCAGUUGCUGCAACUUGCAAGGAACUCCGUGAACUCCGAAUCUUCCCUUUUGAUCCUCGGGAAGACAGUGAAGGUCCCGUCUCUGAAUUAGGCCUCCAAGCAAUCUCUGAGGGUUGUAGGAAACUAGAAUCUAUUCUCUACUUUUGCCAGCGCAUGACUAAUGCUGCCGUGAUAGCCAUGUCAGAAAACUGUCCUGAGCUUACUGUGUUUAGGCUGUGCAUAAUGGGUCGACAUAGGCCUGACCAUGUGACAGGGAAGCCUAUGGACGAGGGUUUUGGUGCUAUUGUUAAAAACUGCAAGAAGCUAACUCGCCUUGCAGUGUCAGGCUUGCUGACAGAUCAAGCUUUUAGGUAUAUGGGUGAGUAUGGGAAAUUGGUCCGUACGCUUUCAGUAGCUUUUGCUGGGGAUAGUGACAUGGCUCUGAGACAUGUCCUUGAAGGUUGCCCUAGACUGCAAAAACUUGAGAUAAGGGACAGUCCGUUUGGAGAUGUUGCGUUACGCUCUGGUAUGCAUCGUUAUUACAACAUGAGGUUUGUUUGGAUGUCGGCAUGUAGCUUGUCAAAGGGAUGCUGCAAGGAUAUUGCACGCGUGAUGCCGAAUCUAGUUGUGGAAGUAAUUGGGUCAGAUGAUGAUGACGACAAUAGGGAUUAUGUUGAGACUUUAUACAUGUAUCGGUCUCUUGAUGGUCCAAGAAAUGAUGCACCAAAGUUCGUCACGAUUUUAUAGAACGAGGUGCAUUUCCGUGUUACCGAUUUUUAAGAAGGGGAGUGAAAUGGGUAGGUGUAGGAGGCUCAAAUGAUGAUGAUGAUGAUGGUGUCAUCAGAGGCACACUACAUGAUUGUUGUUGAUGAUGAUGAUGAUGAUGAUGAUGAUGAUGGUUGGGAGGAAUGCAAGAUUGUUGUAUCAUUAUUUUCUUUUUUAUUUUUGGGUUUAAAAGAUCUUAUUUGGUUGGUUAGGUGGAACAAUGGAUGUAUGUUUUGGGAGAAACAGUGUUAGUUGGUUCUAAUAAGCUGCACUUUUGGCUCUCUCUCUCUCUCUCUCUAGUUGUUGUUGUUGAGAAACUAAUGAGACAUUUCUCUUUUGUCUUUCUAUUUUUAAUUAAUUCUGAGAUAUUUCUUCUGAAUC